AUGGAGUUUGACACUUCCAUUUACUCUCUACUCCGAUUGUUCCUUACUCGCAUAAAUGCACUCUCGACAAGAACUUUACCUCUUGCUGAAACUGCCGUGCCUACAUUAGUCAAUUAUGACCUUAUGUCAAAACCCGCCCUUUUAAUUGGUCGUCAUAAACUAGAUGCCCAAACCGGUCAACCCUUAGCCAAAAAUCAAAAAAUUUUUCGCCAUUAUGAUUACCAUACUGCCCAAACUACUUACUUCUACCGCACUAAUGAGCAAUUAGUCGGUCAAGUUGCUAAUCCCACUCUCCUUAAAAAAAAUUAUCGUCUCGGCACUCGCUCCUUAAAUCCGUUAUCUUUACUAUCUUUAGCCACUAAACACUCUAAAAAAGAA